AUGGUUUUAGUCUUCAGGAGAGUGAUGCAAUUAGCUGGACUUGCAUUAUCUUUGCUGGGAUGGGUUUUAUCCUGUCUUACAACUUACUUGCCGCAGUGGAAGAUUCUUAAUUUAGAGCUAAAUGAGAUGGAAAACUGGACCCUGGGACUCUGGCAGACUUGCGUUUUCCAAGAGGAAGUGGGGAUGCAGUGUAAAGAUUUUGAUUCAUUCUUGGCUUUGCCUACUGAGCUGAGGAUCUCCAGGAUUUUGAUGUUUCUGUCAAAUGGAUUUGGAGUCCUGGGCCUGCUGCUGUCUGGGGUCAGUCUGGAUUGUUGGAGGAUUGGAGAAGGGCAACGAGGGCUCAAGAAACGGCUGGUGAUCCUGGGAGGGAUACUGCUGUGGCUAUCAGGAAUUACAGCCCUCAUUCCAGUGUCCUGGGUUGCCCACAACACAGUUGAGGAAUUUUGGGAUGAGACCAUUCCAGAUAUUGUUCCCAGAUGGGAGUUUGGAGUAGCUCUCUUUGUUGGCUGGGUUGCUGGAUUUUCUCUUCUCCUUGGAGGAUUUCUUCUAACCUGUGCAGCCUUUUCAACUCAAGCUCCUUCGGGCCAUUACACGGUGGCAGAAAUGCAAGCUCCGUGUCCACACCUGGAAGCUGGAAACCUCAAUCCUAAAGUGUAG